AUGGUCUGUCGGUGCUAUCCUUAUAUCAAUUGGCUGCAAAAGCUCACAGUCUACGAGACGCCGACCUAUAUAUAUGUUGCGGCCUCUGACGAAGCUGAGACUCGCUUUCGAGUGCUCAAGAUCGCCCGCAUUCCCGUGCCCUUCACCGACAGUUUGGAUCCCACAGAAGCCACCUUGGCAGCAGAAACUCCGAUGGAUCGUUUAUGGCGUCUGGACAUUUUUGAGGAUCCGCACUGCUACACGCGGAGAGAACUGAACCUCCUGCUUGCAACGAUUCAGGCUGUCAAUAGGGUAGGUCGGUGCGCCAGUUUGGACAGUGAAUUGAUUCUCACUGGUAUUACGUGUGUUGUGAUGCUCUUGCCUCCGGUGCGAACAAUGGUUUAG